GCCAAUGUUGCUUGUGGUUGUAAUCUGAUGCGAGUGGAAGGUCUACGUUUUUGUUCAGUGAAUUAUGGGCUUUCAUGCCUAGUAGUAGAGAAGCACAGUAAAAUGACGUCGCGACGGUGUGCUCUGCUCUUCUGCUGCGCACAAGCAGUACGUCGAUAUUAAUUGGUAAAAAAAAUACAACUCAC